UCCUCGUCUCUUCAGAUCGUCCACCGAACCCCUCCUUCUCUCACGCUUUACGGAGGCUUUUGACCAUUCCCGGCGAUGAUUCUCGACAGCUGCACUUCCGAGAUGAAGGCGGAGGUCCUGUUGAGUGAGCCGAAGGACAGCGAGGACGCCCCAGCACGCAAGGCAGAGCGGCAGGAGGUCUCCUACGAGAGCCUCUCCAGCAAGUACAAGUUAUGGGGCAACAAAGACGUGACGAGACAGUAUUUCAAGAUGUAUUCGGCGAGGUUGGAGAGGAUGAGGCCUGUGGUCGAGGCCAAAGCCAAGGGCAAGUGGGGUUCAGAUACUACCCUGAAACGACUUCAUGAACUGGAUGAUGAAACAGGGAAAUGUAUCAUUGUCGGAACACUUUUCAAACGGCAGACUCUGAAGCCAUCCAUUCUUAAGGAGAUCUCAGAAGAGGUAACAUUGAUUUUAAUGCAAGGGGUCAUCUGUGCAGUUCUCGGGCAAGAGGGCUCUGGUGGCAAAUUCGCUGUGGAGGAUAUCUGUUUUGCUGGACUCCCAGAGCCUGUGAAGCACGACGUGGUUGAGGAUGAUAGAUAUGUAGUGCUCAUAUCAGGACUGGAGUUAAGCUCAUCAGUGGACUCGCUCUUGUCCCUGGAACUACUGAUCGAUUAUCUCUCUGGACAUUUGGGUCACUCAGAGGAGCAAGCAGCAGUGGCCAGCAUCACUAGGGUUGUUAUUGCUGGAAACUCUAUCAGUUGUGCAAAGGGAGAGAAGGAGAAGCCAGACAAAGUGAAGUUGGUGAAGGAACUCGAUGACAUACUAACACAGAUUGCGAGUGUGUGUCCUGUUGACUUGAUGCCAGGGGAGUUUGACCCGGCCAACCAUGUGAUGCCCCAACAGCCUCUCCAUCGUUGCAUGUUCCCAAAGGCAGCAGUAUAUUCUUCCAUGCAAAGUGUUUCAAACCCUUAUGAAUGUAUUAUUGGAGGAAGGGUAUUCAUUGGGAUGUCUGGCCAAAAUGUGAAGGAUAUUGGCCGAUGUUCCACAAUUGAGGAUCCCCUUGUUGCCCUAGGAAACCUCUGUGACUGGGGCCAUCUAGCGCCGACUGCUCCCGAUACUCUUGUUUCUUACCCUUAUGAAGGACAGGAACCCUUCAUUAUUGAUACCUGUCCAGAUGUGAUUUUUGCUGGGAAUCAGGAUUCAUUUGGAACAACAGUUAAAGAUGUAAAUGGUCACAAAGUUACGCUAGUGAGUAUUCCACGAUUCAGUGACUCAGGAAUGUGUGUUGCAGUGAACCUCCGUAAUCUACAGUGUCAACCAAUUUGUUUCUCUGUGGAUGGAAAUACUUUAACUGAAACUUCAAGUCCUGAAGCAGAAAAGUGAAUUGUGAACCUGUCUUAUAUGUUACAAAAAAAUACUAUGUUUUUUACACAUUUGCUAAGGCUGUAAGAUUAUUUUUUUCUUUUUUUUACUGUAAGCUAUAGUGUAAAUUAGGACUGUUAAUAUUAGUAAUGAAAAUUAAAA